UCGUAGCAGCUGGAUUUGGGAUUUCUGUUUUUUUUUUUGCUUCUGUCGAUUGAGCUUCUGAGCUGAACAGGAUCAAAACUCUGCUAAAAUAAUGGAGAAAGAUUCUGAAUUGAAGACAGGGCAGGGGUUUGGAAAUCGGGUGAAUAGUGGUGAGAGCUGCAAGAAAAAGGAAGGAUUUUUCAGGGCAGACCAGAUUGAUCUGAAGAAUCUGGAUGCCCAGCUGGAGAAACACUUGAGAAGGGCAUGGACUAUGGAAAAAAAAUCUAAAAGAGCAAAGGAGGAAUGGGAAAUUGACCUCAAGAAACUACUUCUAAAGGGUAAAAUAGCCCAAGGAACUUUUGGAACUAUAUACAGAGGAGUUUUUGAUGGGCAUGAUGUUGCAGUGAAAGUUCUUGACUGGGGAGAUGAGGAAAGCAGAAGAGCAGCUGAGAUGUCUGUAUUUCUACAAGAAGUGGGUGUAUGGCAUAAGCUAGACCACCCAAAUAUAACAAAGUUUAUAGGUGCCUCAAUGGAUUCUUCAAGUACAGACCUUAUGCUCUGUUCUAAUGACACUGAAACUACUUUCAGGGCUCCAUCCAAUCACAAUGUUUGUUGUGUUGUUCUGGAGUAUCUUGCUGGAGGAACACUGAAGAACUACCUUAUAAAGAACAGGAUCAAAAAGCUUGCUUUUAAUGUUGUGAUCAAGUUAGCAUUGGACAUUUCAAGAGGGUUAAGGUAUCUCCAUUCACAGAAGAUAGUUCACAGGGAUGUCAAAGCAGAAAACAUGCUGCUGGACAGAAGUGGGAGUGUGAAGAUAGCAAACUUUGGUGUAGCGCGUGUUGAGGCAGAAAAUCUGAGGGACAUGACUGGUACAACAGGAACACUUGGUUACAUGGCACCAGAGGUCUUGGAUGGGAAGCCAUACAAUAGGAAAUGUGAUGUUUACAGCUUUGGGAUCUGUCUAUGGGAGAUCUACAGCUGUGAAAUGGCUUAUGCUCAUCUCAGUUUUUCAGAGUUUACAGCUGCAGUUGUCACAAGGAAUGUGAGGCCAAAAAUUCCAAGGAGUUGUCCCACCUCUCUAGCAACUGUUAUCAAGAAAUGCUGGGAUGAAAAUCCUGAAAAGAGGCCAGAGAUGGAUGAGGUAGUUGAAUUGUUAGAGAAUAUAGCUGAUACAUGUAAGGGUAAAGGAAUGGUUCCUAUGAGUAUAGAUCAAUUUCAUGGAUGUUUCUGCAAUUUAUUUAGCCACCAUGGUCGUUAAUGUACCUCUGCAUACACACAAUGCAAAGGCUUAUUUAGCCACAUUUACCAUGUAAAGUAGGGCCAGCGUUAAGUAGCACACAUUAAGCUCUGACCGGUC